AUGGACGCGCUCCCAUGUGGCCAGGUUUGCGGAGUCCGCGCGGCCUCUGAGGCCUGGAGUGCUUGCGGUUGGGUGAGGAGUUUGCCUCGGGCCGGCUUUUCGCGGAAUGGCAACGAUUGGAGGACAUCCGCCGCCGCUGGCCUGGUGUCCACGCUUUGUGUCCGUCGCGCGAGUCGCGCGCGGUGCGCUCGCUGCGCUCGCCACGCCGCCAAGACUCGAGUGGUGCUAUUGGGAGGCGCCGGGCGCAUCGGCACGGCUGCAGCGGUGCACCUGCUGAGGCGGUCGCCUAAUCCUUUGGAGGUGGUGCUGGCGGGGCGCAGCGAGGCCAAAGGCCAAAGAGCCCAGGAGGAGGUGCUGUCGGAGGCGGGGAUGUCGCUGAAGCUGGGCCAUCAGGUGUCCUUCCGCCAGGUGGACUGGAGAGAUGAAGGCGCGCUGGCGCCUCUGCUGCGGGGCGCGGACUGUGUGCUGCACACGGCAGGGCCCUUCGAUGAGCCCGUGGUCUUGAAGACUGCCAUCCGCGAGCGCGUUCCGGUCUACGUGGAUGUGGCCGACCCCAUUGGACGCUACCUAGACAAAGCUGAGACCAUGGACGCGGCUGCGAUGGAGGCCAACUGCAUGGCACUCUGCGGCGCUGGAGCCUUUCCAGGCUUUUCCAACGUUCUGGCCGUUGAGUGCGCCUCGCGGAUUUUGACCAGCGGUGCCCGCGAGCUGCGUGACGUGGACUUCUCCUACUUCACCUCGGGCUUGGGCGGCAGCGGCGCGGUGAACCUCUUGAUCACCAACCUCGGCUUCGGCGAGCCCGUGCCCGUCUACCGCGACGGCCGCUACGCGCCGCAGAUGACCGCCGGCGGCGAGAUGCGGCAGGUGGACUUCUUCCUGGACGAAGCCGACCCCGCCUUCCGCGAAGUGGGGCGGCGAGAUGUCUGGUCCUGGCCCUUCCCAGAGGCCUAUACCGUUCCUCGAUCGAUCCACAUCCAAGGCGACUCGAGCACGGGCAUGGGGACGGCGCCCGGAAUUUGGAACCACAUCCUGGUGGCGCUGGUGUCCCUGCUGCCCCGAGACCUGUGGCGAAACCGAAGCUUCUCAGAGGCGCUGGCCUGGUUCUCCCUUCCCAUGGUCUGGGCGACGGACCAGUUUGUGAAGGAGACCCAUGCCAUGCGCGUGGAGGUGAGCGGCAGCGAGUGGCGAUGCGUGGCGGUGCAGGCGCACCGCAGCUUCCGGCGCUGCGUGGCGCAGAGCGCCGCGGAGUUCGCGCUGCACCUCCUGCAGCGGCGGGAAGGUGACUGGCGGCCUGGCGUGUACAUGCCCGAGCUUUUGGCAGAAGAUGAGGCGGCGCGAGCAGAGCUACUGAAGCGUUUCUCCAGCACGGAGGGCACCAUCUCCUGCGGCUUCAAGCUGACAUCUGAGUCCCAGGAACGUUUGACAAAGGACUAA